GAGUGGCGCAUGAAUACCUGCGCAUGCUUCAAAAGUUGGGCAUGUCGUGGACCUUGUCACACACAGGGGUGUUUGAACAAAGGGUCAUCCACAUUGGAGUUAAAGGAAGGACAUCACAGUUUUUAGGACGGACUUUCGCGGACGCAGUACUUGUUGUACUGUACGGCCUGGCAAGUCUACCGACUUUUGAAUUUUCACAAUGGCUUCUAACAUGGAUGGUGAAGUCGUGCCAAGUGUUGAUGAACAAGCUUUUGAUCCGGAACCUCCAACCUACGAUGCGGCCUUUCCUGCCCUUCCCUCUGAGUCUCGUCAUGAUCGUCCUCUUGUCAAUGCGGGACCAUGGCAGCCCAAAUUCCAAAGUCGCUCUUCCAGAUGUACACAGGUUUUUACAGUUCCAGUGGAAGAAAGAAAAUUCAGAGAAAUGAAUGAGCACAAGUUUGGAGAUGAAAGUGAACAGUCCAAAAUAUGCAAAGAUAUCAUGCAAAAAACAGGUGUUUCCAUUGAGAUUAGCCUUGCCAAAGAUCAGAGUAUGACGGUGGUUAUCAACGGUCGCUCAGAGAGUGUCUUAAAAGCAAGGCGAGAAAUUGUUGGCAAACUCCAGACACAGGCAAGCAUCACGAUCAAAAUUCCUCGUGAGCACCACCGCUUCAUCCUUGGCAAAAGUGGGAAGAAACUGCAAGAACUGGAGCUUACCACUGCCACAAAGAUUACCAUACCACGACCAGAAGAGAAUACUGAUAGCAUUAAGAUUUCGGGCACUAAAGAAGGGAUUGACAAGGCACGCCAUGAAAUUGAAUGCAUUUCAGAAGAACAGGCAAAGCUUGCAUUUGAAAGACUGCCCGUGCCAAAGGCGUAUCAUCCAUUUGUGUGUGGACCCUUCAACCAGAAUAUCAAGCAGUUGAUGGAAGAGACAGGGGCACGCAUUAAUGUCCCACCUGCCAGUGUGGACAAAGACGAGAUUGUUGUGUCUGGAGAGAAAGAGGGUGUUGCUAAAUGUAAACAAGUUAUCAUGGGAAUUUGUGAUGAAAAGAGAAGAAAAUGUCAGACUGUAUCAGUUGAGGUCAGCAAGUCUCAGCAUCGCUAUGUCAUAGGACCACGAGGAAGCAACAUUCAAGAAAUUUUGGCAGCUACAGGUGUUGCAGUUGAUGUUCCACCUCUGGAAACACCUUCUGAGACAAUCACUCUUCGGGGUGAGCAGGACAAGCUGGGCCCUGCUCUCACUAUGGUGUACUCCAAGGCCAACAGUGUCAUAUUCUCGGAUGUAGUAGCACCAGCAUGGUUGCAUCGAUUUGUGAUUGGUCGAAAAGGGGCCAGCAUUAAAAAAAUCACUGAGGACUUUCCAAAGGUUCACAUUGAGUUCACUGAAGGUCAGGAUAAGAUCACUGUGGAAGGGCCACCAGAGGAAGUUCAGGAGGCUGUUCAUGCUUUGGAACAGAUCAUCAGUGACCUUAAAAUGCGAAUGGAUUAUGCAGAAAUUGUAGUUGACCAGAAGUUCCACAAACAUAUCAUCGGGAAAAAUGGUGUCAACAUCACCAGAAUCAAGAACGAAACAGGUGUUUCUGUGCGCAUUCCAUCUGAUGGGGACAAUAGUAACAUAAUCAGGAUUGAAGGCGACCCAGCUGGUGUGGCCAAAGCCAAGCAAGAGCUACAGGAAAUGGCAUUAAGAAUGGAGAAUGAAACUUCCAGAGACAUCAUCAUAGAGCAACGAUUCCAUGGUACUAUCAUUGGAGCAAGAGGAGAAAACAUUCGAGAAAUCCGGGAGAAAUUUAAUCAGGUUCAGAUAACCUUUCCAGACCCUGGGAAGAAGAGUGAUGUGGUGACCUUGAGAGGACCUAAAAAUGAUGUGGACAAGUGCUACAAACAUCUGCAGACUCUUCAUAAGGAAAUGAUUGAAAGUAACUAUCAAGCACAGGUCCACAUCUUCAAGGAUUUCCACAAGAACAUAAUUGGGAAGGGUGGAGCAAACAUUAAAAAGAUCCGUGAUGAAACUAAUACACGCAUUGAGCUUCCAAGUGAACAUGCAGAGUCAGAUGUGAUUACCAUUACUGGGAAAAAGGCUGAUGUGGAAUUGGCUCGUAGCAAGAUUGAGGACAUUCAGAAGGAACUGGCUAACAUAAAAGAAAUGACUGUAGAAAUUCCUCAUCGUCUUCACAAUUCCAUCAUUGGGUCCAAAGGACGUCUCAUUCGUGCAAUCAUGGAAGAAUGUGGAGGUGUUAUCAUCCGUUUUCCUCCAGAGGGAACCACCAGUGACAAAGUUACCAUCCGUGGUCCAAAAGAUGAUGUUGAGAAUGCACGCAAGCAGUUACUGGACCUUGUAAAUGAAAAAAAAGAGUCCAGCUUCACAGCAGAGAUACGUGCCAAGCCUCAGUACCACAAGUUUCUCAUUGGCCGUGGAGGUGCCAACAUUAAAAAGGUACGCGAGAACACCGCAACACGAAUUAUUUUCCCUGCAAGUGGGGAUGCUGAUCAAGAAUUGAUUACCAUCAUGGGCAAAGAGGAGAAUGUCAAGCAGGCCAAGGAGGAAUUGCAGACACUCAUUAAAAACCUGGAUAACGUGGUGGAGGCAGAGAUGACUGUGGAUGCCAAACAUCAUCGAUUUUUUGUGGCACGCCGAGGUGAGGUGUUGCGCAAUAUUGCUGAAGAAUAUGGAGGAGUUGCCGUUAGCUUUCCUCGCAGUGGAGUCAAAAGCGACAAAGUCACCAUCAAGGGCUCCAAGGACUGUGUGGAGGCAGCCAAGAAGAAGAUAGCUGAAAUGGUUGCAGAUUUGGAGGCCCAGGUGACAGUGGAAUGUGUUAUACCUCAGCAGUACCACCGCACAAUCAUGGGGGCAGGAGGAUCACGGGUGCGAGAGGUCACACGUGUGCAUGAGGUUGGAAUCAAGUUUCCUGACAAACCAGUGGCCAAUGGCAAAAAAGCUGAAGAGGAAGAAGACGCUGUUACCAAUGGUGAUGUGAAUAAUCUACAGGGGAGCAACAAGCUGGCUGGCAAGAGUGACAUCAUUAUUAUAACUGGCAAACCAGAGAACUGUGAACGAGCCAGGCAGGCAUUGCUAGAUCUGGUGCCUGUGACAGAAGAGGUUCCAGUUCCAUUUGACAUGCAUCGAUUCAUUAUUGGUCAGAAGGGACGUGAUGUUCGGCGCAUGAUGGAGGAAUAUGAUGUCAAUAUCUCUAUUCCACCUGCCACAGAAUCAAGUGACAUUGUGCGUGUAACAGGACCGCCAGAGAAUGUCAAAAAAGCUCGUGCUGCUCUCGAGGACAAGGUGGCUCAGCUGGAAGCUGAAAAGGAAGACAGGGCUCUUAAGAGCUUUCAGCUGAAGAUAGAAGUAGACCCACAGCAUCAUCCCAAGAUCAUUGGCAAGAGAGGUGCAAUUAUUAGCAAGAUCCGUGCAGACCAUGAUGUCAACAUCCAGUUCCCAGAUCGCAGUGAUGAAAAUCCAAAUGUGAUCACAAUCACUGGCUAUGAGGAAAAUGCAUGCAGGGCACGUGAUGAGAUUAUGAAUAUUGUGAAAGAACUGGAGGACAUGACUACAGAGAGCAUUCACAUCGAUCAUAGAAUUCAUUCACGCAUCAUCGGCAGCAAAGGACGAGCUGUACGUAGGCUGAUGGAUGACUUCAGAGUGGAUAUCCGCUUCCCACGCUCUGAGUCAACUGAUCCGGACCUUGUUGUUAUAACUGGACCAGAAGAAGCUGUGCUGGAUUGCAAAGAUCAUCUGCUCAAUCUGCAAGAGGAAUAUCUGCAAGAUGUGGUAGACAUGGAGUAUCUUCAGGACCUGCAGCACCCUCCCAGUAAAAGUCAAACUGGUCCACAGUCAGCCUCCCUGGCCACCCAAGGCUUUGUUGUGCGAGAUGCUCCCUGGGACCGUGCUCCAGAUACCAACAGCACUGAAGAGUUCCCAUCAUUUGGUGCUGUUGUUGCUCCCAAGUCUGGUCACUCCUGGGGACCAGGCAGGAAAUAUUAACUGUCCCACAUUUCCCAGGCCAUUGGUCACAGUGAGAGCUCAGUGGUCCAUUUAUGCGCACAUGCACGCGCACACUCUCUCUUUUUCUCUCUCUCUCGAAUUACAUAAGGCUUGAUUCUGGUGAGGCACUCACAUGUUCUUCCUUCUUUGCAUAACUGGCAACAAUGGUUUAUGUAGUAGUUUAAUUGUUCAGGUCACCAAUGACAAAGCUCAGCCAUUGAGCAGAUAUGAGAUAGGUGUUGUGAAGUGCAAGUCAGGAUUCAUUUAGUUGGAACCUUUUUUAUUAUUUUUUUUUGGCAGAUCAGAGUUUGAGAUCAAACUAGUUAGGGUUAGUUUUAUGUACAGCCUAUGUCAGCAGGCCAGUGCAGGGCAUUCAUUCCACUCUGGUCAGUCAGGGCAGUACCCAGAAAAGAGAUUAAGAAUGGGUUUGGUUGUGUUGCAGUGACUAGUGUCCAUCAAGGCAAGUAACAUGGUCAUGAUGUGUACAGUAAGAUAGGCUUAGCACUACAUUCAGCAAGAUUCUGAUGGGCACAUUUAAACAGCCUCUUUGCCAGAUUGACAUUUGGUCUGAAAAAUGGAAAUAAGAGGCAUUAACAUGCUGCUUAUUCUGUCUUAAAAAACUAAACAACUUCUCUGUCCUUCGUGGGAAUAAGGUUAGAUAUAGAAUGAAAGCAGGGAGAAAGAAUUACAGGGUGAAAUGAUUUUACAUCAGAUUUGAUGUUGGCAACAUGUACAAAUAUCGCAAGUCUUCAAAAUAAUGGCAAACUAUAAUUUGUUUUGAGCAAUGUUUUGAACCUGUUCAGAUGAGUGCACUUAUCAGAGCUCCAGCUAUGGUUUCCAUAUUGUAAAGUAAUACUUGGUUGUAAUAGGAUUACUGAACAUUUGUGUUAAUGCAGAAUUGUGUAAAGUGAUACAGGCAAAUGAUGAGUUUAUGAUUUUGUUGAUAAUGAGAUUUUAGGACUUGAACACUUGCAAAUGAUGUGCAGAAGAAGCAGUCAAAAUGAUGACCUCGAUGCCAAUGACUGUUACGAUAGCAUGUCAUGCAGUUUAGUCAUUGAAAUUUUCCAACAGUCCACUGUGUUAUAAGCACUUUUUGCAAUAUGUUACAUGGUUUAAAACCUGGUCAUAACAAAUGGCAUCCUGUGCUCAAAUGCAAUAUCAUGCUGGUAUCUACCAGCAGAGUUUAACACCAGCACUUUCAUCCUUUGUUUACAUAAAAUAGACAUUAUGUUCCAACCCCCUCUACCCAUAAAAAAAGUUUGGAGAGUGGGUUAGCAUCCAUUCUGUAAAAGAUCUAGCUUUGUUGACGCUGGUGUGGGGUUGACAGGUUUAAUGUUGGUUUUGCUGUAGUUUUAGGUUUUUGGUCCUCUCCACCUUUAGCUCAUCUGCUUCUUUAGACAUGCAGAUGCUGUCUGUUGGGCAGACCCUGACCCUCGGUGACGGGAGGCAAACUGAUUUUGGUCCUCUCCACCUUUAGCUCAUCUGCUUCUUUAUAUGCAGAUGGUGUCUGUUGGGCAGACCCAGCUCCCAGUGACAAGGGGGCAGACUGUUUUCUACAUGGACCAUGUUCAUGCUGACUUGUGAGUUUGAUGCUGGGUGUUGUGUUUGUAAUCAUUCAUUUUCUGGAAGGUUAUGGUCCACUUUCAACAGAAAUCAGUGUGUGAGCCGAUUAAUGUGUUCUCUUUGAGAAAAAAGUGUCGCAAAGAACAUGUUUAUGCACUGUGCCCUGACAACAGGAAACUGACAAUACAUGGAAGAAUCUGGUGCAUUAAGCAACAUUUUGUGAACAUUGAAAUUUUAAAUGCUUCCUAAAUUUUGUGACAUGCAGAAAAAUAAAUAGAGUGCGAAUGUAGUCUGAAAUCUUCAGAUAGUUUCAUUGAAAAUUUGCAGGGUUUAGUUUCCUGGAUUGCGUCUGGGACUCUAGUGGACCAGUUAGUGCUGAUCCCAAUCAUCUGUUAGUGUGCUUACAGCAUUCUGAUGUGACCAACAACAGUCCGCUCUAAUUGUCUGUAAGCCUGUGGGGUUUUUGAGUCGGCAUUCAGUACAUAAGUAAACCAUGGAGUUUGUGUACAUUUUUACAUGCUACAAAUAUAUUUACCUGUACAUGCUCCAGCAUCAGGUGUCCCACUUUGAAAACUUUGUGCUUUGAUUUUGGAGCAUUUGAUAAUGGUUGGAUCAGCUGUCCAGAUUCUCCUGCAGCAGGUAGGUCCUUGCAGACCAGUUGGUGGCUGGGCCACCCAAGUCACCUCCACUUCCCCUCCCCACUGCUUCUGUUUUAGAAACUGUUUUUAAAGAUUGCCAGUGGUAUCGGUACCCUUUUUAUGGGGGCUAGUGGGCUAUGCAUGCUAAAACAAUUAUGUAUACACUCUGUAAAUGCAUUUUACAUGAGGCAGAAGAGUGGGAGAGUGUAUGCUUGUGGUGUGUUAUCCAAGUGUACACUACUGGUAUAUCCAGCUUCAUUUGUGGUAUGAUAUCCAGGUGUACACUACUGGUAUAUCACACUUCAUUUGAGGAAUAAAUUUCUGACUGUGUGAUAGUAUUGUCUGUCAGGACAGCUCUAUGUGAUGAAUUUACAGGUAUAGUGCAAGUAUUUACCUGUUACACGUUCAUUGGAAUAAAAGUGUAAAUACAGUA